GGGCCCUCGCUGGACACCUGCUGGUGCCUUGGUCUUGGACUUCCUUGCCUCCAGAAUGCGUAGGGACCAUCGCAUCGCUGCCCGCUACAGGGACGUCAUGAACCACCUUGGCCUGAAGGGCCACGAGCUGUGUGGAGGCCACGUUAAAGACAUCCUUUGCCAGGAGUGCUCACCCUACGCAGCCCACCUCUACGAUGCUGAGAACCCUCUGACGCCCCUCCGGAAGCUUCCUGGACUUUGCUCUGACUACUGCUCUGCAUUCCACUCUCACUGCCACUCUGCCAUCUCCCUGCUGACCAAAGGUCAUGGCCUCCAGGAGUCCCAUGAAAAGGAUAGUGCCCACUUCUGCCACCUCCUCAAUCUUCCUGACAAAGACUAUUGCUUCCCCAAUGUCCUGAGGAAUGACCAUCUCAACCAUGACCUGGGUGUGGUGGCCAAGGACCAUCAGGGCUGCCUGCAACUCUGCCUGACUGAGGUGGCCAACGGGCUGAGGAACCCCAUUGCCAUGGUCCAUGCUGGGGAUGGCACCCAUCGCUACUUUGUUGCUGAGCAGGUAGGAGUGGUGUGGGUCUACCUUCCAGAUGGGAGCCGUCUGGAGCAACCGUUCUUGGACCUCAGGAGCAUCGUUCUGACCACUCCAUGGAUUGGGGAUGAGAGAGGCUUCUUGGGGUUGGCUUUUCAUCCCAAAUUCCACCACAACCACAAGUUCUAUAUUUAUUAUUCAUGCCUUGGCAAGAAGAAGGUAGAAAAGAUCCGGAUUAGUGAGAUGAAGGUUUCUCGGGCUGAUCCCAACAAAGCGGACCCCAAAUCAGAGAGGGUCAUCUUGGAAAUAGAAGAACCUGCCUCAAAUCAUAAUGGUGGACAACUUCUUUUUGGCCUGGAUGGCUAUCUGUACAUAUUCACUGGGGAUGGAGGGCAGGCUGGGGACCCCUUCGGCAAGUUUGGAAAUGCUCAGAACAAAAGUUCCCUGCUGGGAAAAGUGUUAAGGAUUGAUGUGAAUGGAGCAGGCUCAGAUGGCAAGCGGUACCAUAUCCCCCUGGACAAUCCCUUUGUUUCUGAGCCAGGGGCCCACCCUGCCAUCUAUGCCUAUGGGAUCAGAAACAUGUGGCGCUGUGCCGUGGACCGAGGGGACCCCAUCACGCACCAGGGCCGAGGCCGGAUAUUCUGUGGGGAUGUGGGUCAGAACAGGUUUGAGGAAGUUGACCUUAUUGUUAAGGGCGGGAACUAUGGCUGGAGAGCAAAGGAAGGGUUUGAAUGUUAUGAAAAGAAACUUUGCCUCAAUGCCUGUUUGGAUGAUGUUUUGCCCAUCUAUGCCUAUGGCCGUGCAGUGGGGAAGUCGGUCACUGGAGGUUAUGUCUACCGUGGGUGUGAAUCCCCGAACCUCAAUGGCCUCUACAUCUUUGGGGAUUUCAUGAGUGGUCGACUUAUGGCUUUGCAGGAAGAUAGAAAAACCAAGAAAUGGAAGAAACAGGAUGUUUGCCUAGGCAGCACCAAGCUCUGUGCCUUUCCAGGGCUAAUCAGUACUUACAGCAAAUUCAUCAUCUCCUUUGCUGAAGAUGAAGCAGGGGAGCUGUAUUUCCUGGCCACCUCUUACCCAAGUGCCCACGUGCCACAUGGAUCUAUUUACAAAUUUGUUGAUCCCUCAAGGCGAGCACCUCCAGGCAAGUGCAAAUACAAGCCAGUGCCAGUGAAAACCAAGAGUAAGCGGAUCCAGUUCCGGCCACUCGCCAAGACAGUCUUGGACUUGCUAAAGAAGCAGUCAGAGAAAGCCGCUAGAAAAUCAUCCAGCCCACCCCAGGCCUCAUCUCGGAAAGGCUCCUCCAAGAAGCCAGCUUCUCCCACAAGCAGCAGGAACACAUUGCGAGCGCCUGGUACGAAGAAGAAAGGCAGAGUGUGGUCCCCAGGUGCCCAGGGGGAGAAGAAGAAGAAAAGCCACAGUAACAGGAUGAGGCAGUCAGCUGGCAGAAGUCUCCCCUGACCUUUCAGGGACGUGAACGAGGAAGAUGGCCUUGCCAGAGGGAAGCCGGGGCUCAACAC